CGCCCGGCACAGCGCCCGGCACGGCGCCCAGCACCGCCGCUGAGACACCGCCCGCGGGAUCGAAUUUCUCUCUGGCCGAGGCUCCUUCGCUUCCAGGAUGGAGAUGAGUCGGGAGAAGCUGUGUGCCAGCAAGGCUGAGGGCAGCUCAGACUCUGGCUAUCACUGCUCAGCCUGUCACGACGACGAGGAGUGGGGCAACACCAGCCGGGGACGGUCCAAGUCACGAAGUCUGUCGGCUUCACCAGCCCUGGGAAGCACCAAAGAAUUCCGGAGAACGCGCUCCCUGCACGGACCAUGCCCAGUGACCACGUUUGGACCAAAGGCCUGUAUGCUGCAAAACCCUAAAACCAUUAUGCACAUCCAGGAUCCAGCCAGCCAGCGGUUGACGUGGAACAAACCCCCCAAGAGUGUCCUUGUGAUCAAGAAGAUCCGUGAUGCCAGUUUGCUGCAGCCUUUCAAGGAGCUUUGCGUGUACCUGACCGAGGAGAACAAUAUGAUAGUGUACGUAGAAAAAAAGGUGUUGGAAGACCCUGCCAUAGCUAAUGAUGAGAAUUUUGGACCAGUGAAGAAGAAAUUUUGCACCUUCAGAGAAGAUUAUGAUGAUAUCUCCAAUCAGAUAGACUUUAUCAUUUGCCUGGGAGGAGAUGGGACCUUGCUUUAUGCUUCUUCACUUUUCCAGGGUAGUGUCCCUCCAGUUAUGGCUUUUCAUCUGGGAUCCCUUGGAUUUCUUACUCCAUUUAAUUUUGAGAAUUUUCAGUCCCAAGUCACUCAGGUUAUAGAAGGCAAUGCAGCUCUGGUUCUCAGGAGCAGGCUCAAGGUGAAGGUGGUGAAGGAGCACAGGGAGAAGAUGACGGUCCAGAACGGGAUCGAGGAGAACGGAGUCGUGUCUGCAAACCUGGAGAAAGAAGUGGGCAAGCAAAUUAUGCAAUAUCAGGUCCUGAACGAGGUCGUGGUGGAUCGUGGUCCUUCCUCCUACCUGUCCAACGUGGAUGUGUUUCUGAAUGGACACCUGAUAACCACGGUGCAGGGAGAUGGUGAGUCUGGGGCUCCAUCCCUCCCCUCCUCAGCUGGGCACUGGGGUUAUUUAACUGCAGGAUUCCCUCGCCUGGAAAUGAAAUCUGAAGCUUCAGUUCCCCUGUGGCAGCAAAGACGAGUGUGCAGAGUGUGCUUGUUGACUGGUUAGUGAACAAACUAGGUGUUGUAAGCUUUGGUUUUGGGCUUGUGGAGGCAAGUGGCAGUUUCUUUGGGUGUCACAUGUUAGGGCUAAAGGCAAGAAAGGGCUC